AUCAGUCACAGCAUUUAGUUGCAGCUUCGGGAGGGAACCGAACCCCAAGGAGAACGGCAUUAUACGGUGGGUCAUGCCGUUAAAUCACCGCCUACGAUGCCAGUGUACCAGCAUCUACCCUGGGGGCAUGAACACGUAUACACCCGACAGAGGGUUUGAUCCGUUUUACACCGAUCGCCCUCUCUUCACAGACCUCAAAAUAGAAAUUGACAACUAUUUCGAGUGUGAAAAUUGUUCACUGACAUGUGAAAACGGAGGUACAUUCAUAGACGAUCCCUGCCAUUGCUCGUGUGCCCAAAACUGGACCGGCAAAACAUGUACUAAGUGUGCAUUGACUGGCUGUGAGAAUAACGGUACCUUCAAUAAAACAACCUGCACGUGCACAUGCCCGAAACAGUGGAUGGGAAAUACCUGUACUGAUACCAGAUACUACGACUGCCAAGACUACUCCAGCGAUGGUGAACGUGGGAUCCGUGUUCGCACAAUUUACACAUCCAAGUAUCCACGAGGCCUUAAAGUAAACUGCCGGGGACCAGGAAUUGUUAUCCAGAGGCAUAAAAAUCAAGAUUUCGAUUUCAACCUCGGCUGGGGCGAUUACAAAGAUGGCUUUGGUGACGUAGCUGGGCAAAAUUUCUGGCUGGGAAACGAGAAGAUUCGUCAGUUGACUGAAGAUACAACCAACACCUGGACUAUACAAGUCCUCUGUUGGCUAUAUGGAUCGGGCAAUAAAUCUCUCGAAGGAAAAAUUCAGAAAUUUCGCCUCUUGGGAGAAAACUACACUCUCCAAGCCAAUGACUCAAUUUCUGUAGAAGGUGGUACGAUUCUAUCUGCAAACAACAUGCCAUUUUCGACACGGGACAGAGACAACCGUGGUGACAGUGAUGUGAACUGUGCCGAAGAGUUGACGGGAGGCUGGUGGUUCAAAGGUUGUAGCGGGGGAGGUACAACGGAGAUCAACCUUAAUGGUGAAUAUAUCGCUAACGGUACCAAUAAAGGUUUAAAACGUCCCCAAUGUGCUGACAACAACUGUCCGUAUAUAAGGCGAACCCUUAUGGUAAUAAAACGUAACAAAAGAAAUUAGGUAUGAGUUUCGACUCUAUAGCGGAGUCUUUCUUGAAGGCAAAAAUAUGACAACACACCACAACACGUGAAUAUAUAAAAAUGAAUGGUUCCACUCAAAUCUCAAAAACUAAAAAUGCAUUUCAGGUUUGUAAACAUAUAAGAGACUCAUAAUGACCCUUAUUUCUACCAUUUAAGUUAUGUGUAAAUGUGUGAACUGUCUCCCAUUUAUGGGAGUCAAUUUUUUUACUCCCAUAAAUGGCCGACCGUGUUAGUUCGCAAAGUAAAAGG